GUUGUCAUCCUGUUGCCGCAGUGCCUAUCAAAGAAGCACACCGCCGUCCGUAAGAUACGUCACGUCAGGAAUUUUUUUCCGCUGUUCUCCGACUUUCUUCUUAUCUCCAAGGUUCUCAUAUUCUGCUCGUCUUGUUCUUGCCAGAGCAAAGAGUUCUAGAGUCCUCGAUUGCCAGAAUACCAGCGUAGCAGAUAGUGUGCGUGUGCUGGCCGUGUCGAUCGUGUUGGUGCCAUCGGCGUGUUUAACAAAUACAAAUCCGCACGCUUUCAUCUAAGCAGCUCCAGAUUGUUUAUUACCCACCCAGGGUCAAACAAUACCUAGAUAUUACAACAAGGAACGAAGAACAGCAGUCCCUGAUUAUCGCUUUUGGCUUUCAGUGAUAUAUCCCGUUCUCUACUUCUCCUGCAGUUAGAGAUUUUUUUUUUACUCCCAACAAGAUGUCAAACAUUAACUUUGAUGACUACGAACAGUUGUUUGCCAAUUUAAACCCAGAAAACCAACAACAACAACAACAACAGCAACAGCAGCAGAGAGAGCGAACUCAGCAAUUUCUUCAGCAGCAGCAGCAGCAGUUGAAGCAGCAGGAACGCAUGCAGCAGGCUCAGCAAUCACAGAAAGACUCUCAAAAGCCUCAAUCGAACCAAAAUGUCCCCCAACAACGCCACCAGCAGCAAGAAUCCCAUAAUCAUCUUCCAAUCACAAUAAAUGAGUCGUUGACAAAUAACUUUGACCACUCUGUUUUUUCUCCUUCCUACGAAAACAACAUCCACAAUCAACAGACUCAGCAAGACGAGCGUCCUAGAUUCGGCAGUUAUAACAGCAGCUCAUCACACUUUGAUUCUGAAGUCAACUUUAACGAUUUGAACGAUGCUGUAAGCUCCAUAAAUUCAGGAAUCCUGUCUCCUUACUCGACAGGGUCUUCGCCAGACGAUUUUUUUCUUAGUGCAACAAAUUCCAAUGUCGACUCUCAGUACAGCCAAGAUGAUAAUGAUUUCAACGUUGAUCUGAACAAUACCCAGAACAUGAACAAUGAUAUCCUCUAUCCUCAAUCCUUGGUUCCAGUUCCUAUGGCUGAAUCAGCUUCCAAUAGUACAGUCACUUUCAACACUCACGACAAUUACCACAAUGUACAACAAAACAUGGCGACAUUGAAUACAGUGGAUGAAGCAGAGGAAGACUUGAUCAAAAAGGAGUCACCUUCGCCAAACCCAAUAGAUAGCUCUGGUAAUGCAUCUCCUUUGCUAAAACAAGGUCGCAAAGUGAAAUCUUCUCACAAUCUCAUUGAGAAGAAAUACAGAACUAAUAUUAAUUCCAAGAUCAUUGAGUUGAGAAACUGUGUUCCUGCGUUGCGAAUACUUGUGGCCAAAAACGGCAACCAUAGAACUAGAAGUACCGGUAAAGAGAUUGAAGAAACGGAUGAUUAUUACGAGGGUGAUGGCUAUUCAGAUGAUGAAGAAAAAUUAGAUGGCUUAAAACCUGCUAAAAAAUUGAACAAGGCAACCAUUCUCUCUAAAGCGUCUGAGUACAUUAAGCAUUUGGAAAAGAAGAAUGAUGUAUUGAGAGAACAAAAUUAUCAGCUGAGAAAAAUCAUAAACUCAAGUGGUAUUCGGUCAGAUUCUUUGUUCAAUCAACAACAAAUAUACCAAAAUCCAAGCCUACAUUCUUCUCCUUUUAACAAUAGUAGUAGUAAUGGGAGCAACUUGGUAUCUCCAGCCGAUCCGAACUUUCAAUCUUUGAACGCUAAUCAUAUACAGAGCCAAAUGCAGAACCAGAUGCAGAACCAAAUGCAGAACCAGAUGCAGAACCAGCUACAAACUAGUCAUGUAUCAAAUCAAAAUGCUAACAUGAAUGUUAACAAUGUCAAUGCCAACCAGAAUUCCAAUCAAUUGGGCAACCAAAUGAUGCCCGACCAUCAGUCAUUGACAAAUAAACUACUUAUGGGUGGUAUCAGUUGCACCUUGGGCGCUUCCUCGUUGGACGAUUUUGCCAGUUCUUCAGCUGUUGAUCGAAAGGGACUUUCCGCAUUGCCAAUCUUUUCAUUGGGUUCCACUAUGAACAGCAUGACUUUCGAUACCAAAUUAGUUAUUUCAGGCAUUAUCAAACUAUCACUUUCCUUCUACUUAUUCUAUUCUUAUGUUUUCCCUUCAAUUAUUCAUACAUAUUCGAAACUCACGAAGGACUCUGCAAACCAGAACAUCAAUUUAUACGAUUCCAUUCUACAUUUGUUUUUCAGUUUGGAAGACCCAUCAAACUCUAUAAAAACAAACUCUCAAAUUGUGUACUCUGAAUCUGAAAAGAGUUUGCUAAAUUCAUUAGCGAAUAAUAGAUUGGACAGAAAGUUUUUUUCAGCCACCAUAAAGACAUUAAGUUUAACAAAUACACCUCAAAAUUGUUUCCUCAAGGCUCUGUAUAUGAAGAGACUAAGCGAGUGGCUCAAUCAGAAAAAAUACUUCUUCAUCUUAAAUUCUACAUCAAACGGCUUUUUGCUCGAGAAAAUAGCCUCGAAGUAUUGGAUUGAAUCUUUUGAUUUCCUUGGUUGCAAUGGAUUAUCUGACUUCAUCCACAAAAAUCUCAACGAAAUUGAAUUAGAAAAGAUUUUUAGGCAUGCAAGUGUGAAUUCUGUCUCAACAAACCUCCUCCAGAUCUUUAGGUAUGAUUUAGUUUCUCAAUAUUUGAAAUUGUCAAUGGAGGGAUUUGUGGAAUUGGAGGCUCUCAAACUUACAUCAAUGCAGUUUAAGAGCUCCGACAAACAAAAGUUCAAGCUUGUUUCUGAACAGAGCGACGCGCUCAAGUGCGGUAUAAGUGAAUUGUGUUGUAAGGUCACAGCUAUACCAGAAAUGCUCAACGAUGAAGUCAUAUUAAAGAUGAAACUUUUGGAGUAUUUCACCAAACCGAGCGUUGAAUUAUUUUCAAGUUGUGUGACCCUAUACAAAAAUUCGGAGGUGCGUAAAAGCAACAAGGACAUUCAACUAGGCUUACUAUGCGCAACUUUAAAACAAGAGCUUACGAAGACGUACAAUUAUGAGAAAAUAUUCAUGAUUUUAAAGAAGUUAAAGUCUGCAAAUUUACAGGAGCAAAGCAGUUUAAGUCUUUUCCAGUUCAUUUCAUUGCUCAACAUAUAUGAAGUUUUGGACCUUGAUCUUGUGAAGUCAUUGAACGAAUAUGUUAUCAACUUCAAUAACACUUUGGCUGAACAGAUUCGAGACGAAGAGAUUGAUCAUAAUGACGAUGACCACAAAAUUGAAACGCUCUUCAAGGUGAAUGUUCCUUUGAUUGAGAUGUUAGGCCUCAUCAGAGUGCAUUUAGGGGAAGAAAAGGUUUCUGAUGAGAUAAACAUUUCUUCAGAGCUAAAGGUUUACCUAGUUGAUGGAUUGGUCAGAUCCAUGAAUGAAAUCAACGAAGUUUGACCUUUUUUCUAAUAAAUGUAAUAUUAAUUUUUGUACGCCUUUCAAAUGACUUCCUUCAUACAAGAAAUCAUUUCAAUUUUUUUUCUGUUCUACUUUCCUUUCAGCCUUUUGACCAUUUAAUAUAUUUCUUUAACUGUUGCUUAUUUAUUAUUUACAGAUGUAUCUAGUACACACGUUUCGGUUUUCGUUCCCUAUCUAACUAACUUUCUUUAUUUUCAAUCACCAAA